AUGAUCUACGUACCGUUCCUCCAUGUACCGUUCCUCCAUGUGGCCUGCUUGGCCUGCUUGGCCUGCUUCAGUCUUGCAGAGCGCACUGAGCGCACAGCAAAGUUCAGCCUCCUGCAGCACACUCUGAAGCUGGAAGACAGGGACACCGGCGACUCAACUCAUUCCUUGUUCGUGAAGUUCCACAAGGUGGCCGGCAGCACGUGGCGAGCCUACGUUGACACCAUCUCUCACGAAGGGAAUUCUUGUAGCAAGGACUGUGGGGACCCAGUUUGGGACUGCGAGCAACGGUACCCCCAUGAGCUGGCGACGUUUGAGUGGUGUUGCCAACAAAGUGGGAAGAAUGACUCUUGCCCUGGCAUUGCGCACAGCUGCACCUUCCACACGGGCAUGGCUGUGAUGCGCCAGGCGGUUUCGGGUCAGAACAUAACCACCUUGACAUCGGACAUGGCCGACGUGCAGAACCUGUGGCCGGCUACGGAACGCUUAAAGCUACUUUGGAAAGUGGAGUGGGCCCGUUCUUGGUUGCCCUCAGACUUGCAUCACAAGCGCUUACUCGUGACGACGAUCCUCCGGGAGCCCAUCGAGAGGCUUCGUUCUUUUUACUACUUCGGCGGGAACGGCUUCUUCACGAAUUUCAGCGCUGAUCUCGGGAACCUGGCGGCUUCACAUCAGGGUUUCAAGUCCUGGUUGGAGUUCCGCAGGGACUUCGUCACCGGCAACUGGUCGUAUGAGCAGUUUCAACAACAGGCUUCAAAUCGGGAUGCUGGAUCCACCUCCAUGUCCAUCGUCUUGCGCUCGUGCUGUGAGUACGAGACUUGGCUAGGGGAUGGCUCGGUCGAAAAGGCGAAGCUCACUCUUGCUACGCAGUUCGACCUAGUUGGCAUCACCGAGAGGCUAGACGAAAGCUUGGUGAGCCUUGGCAUGGUCUACGGCCUGACACCUCAGCAGCUAGCUGCCAUGUUCCGAAGAAGUGUGCCAGAGAUUUUCGAUAACGGUGACAACAAGCUCGACUGGACCGAAGAGGAGCGGGCCUUGGCCACGGUCGUCGCAGAGAAGAGCACGGCCAUUUACAAGUUUGCGCAGGAGGUCUUCCAACGUCGGGCCCCCGCACUCUUCGGCAGCGAGGAGAACAUGCAGGCUGCUGUGGAAACCUUCAAGAAGCUCAACCCCGACAGCUAA